ACCGGCUCAUGGCCGUGUAAGAUGGACGGCUGCAAGAAGGUCUUCGCGCGUGAGGCUGACCUGAAGAGGCACCAAAGGACCACCAAGACACACUCCAUCCCCAGCUUGUACGUCCUCCUCCUCAUGCGCGUCCCCAUUCCCUGUUCAGCCCACGUGCGCUGCGCACAGCCAAUGCCCCCAAUGUGA